AUGCAGCAGAACAGCCAUAAUCCCACUCGCUUGAGACAGAUUGCUCUCCUAGCUUCAGAUCUCUCCGCAGCAGAAGAUACCCUGAACACGGUCUUAGGAACCGAAGUUGUCUUCCGAGAUGCACAGGUGGCACAAUGGGGGCUUCGCAACUUCUUAAUCGCUAUUGGUGGUGAUAUCAUUGAAGUAGUCUCGCCAUUCCGUGACGGGACGACUGCGGGCAGACUGCUCAAGAAACGUGGGGACGGUGGCUACAUGAUCAUCAUGCAGACUCUCGAUGCGGUGGCUCGAAAGAACUACAUUGAAUCGCAUGGUCUAUCCAAGGUCAUCUUUAGCCAUGAAACGCAAGACGGUUAUUGUAUUCAGUAUCAUCCAAAAGGCAUUCCUGGCGGUAUGAUGCCCGAGCUCGAUUCGCACAAGCCAUCACCUGAAAACCCGGAGCCAUUGAUGUCUCCAUUCAGUCCAUGGCAUGCAUGUGGAACCGACUACAAGUCUUAUUCUGCCGGCAUGCGCCGCGCCUCCCAUCUACAGCUCUUACAGGCCACCUGUCGUUUGAAGCCAGGCGAAAAGGACACUGAAGGUGCUGCUCGAACUUGGGAACAAGUAUUUGGUGCCAAGCGUGAGGGAAGCGAGUUGGUCUUUACGAACAGUCGACUGAAAUUCACGAAAGGAGUUGACGGGCUGCCGGAAGGACUGGAAUCUAUCACGAUUGGGGUGAAGGAGAAGGCAAGAUAUGAUGAUAUUCUUCGCCGGGCCGGGAACCAAAACGUGUAUAGAGAUGGGCGCGCCGUUAUGCUGGGGGUGGAGUGGCGUUUUGUGCCGCUACCGGAUAGCGAGGCCAGAAGGCUAUGGUUGUCUUACGUCACUGCUAGCCGCGAAGGAACAAAUUGCCCAAACGGCGGGGCUCUACACGCCGACGCUGGAGAUGAAGAACCAGACGAUGCGCACUCCAUCAUCACACCGUCCAAACACACACCUAAAGCGUUUCGUGUUCUGCGUGGCUCUGUUUCGACGGGAGGUCCACUCCGUCCGUUUCGGCUGGUGAAACAGGAUAUCGUGAAUCUUCGGCGGCGAUAUGUGUCGGACUGGACCCUGUUCAAUCAGCUGGUAUUUGCCAGCGCCGUCUACGUUUUCUUCACGAAUCUCUUACCAGGAAUCACCUUCGCGAGUGAUCUGUUCUGUGUUCAGCCGUUGAAUAUCCUGGGGGUCACAGGGCCAUUCUCGGUACUGGCGGAGAAUAUCUACGCACUCUGCCAGGAAGUAUUCGAUGUCCCUUUUCUGCCCUUCAUGGCCUGGUCCCUGAUCCACGCUGGCUGGCUGCACUAUAUCCUUGCCAUCAUCAAUGCACAUGACUGGACCAUGCGCUAUGUAACAACCUUCGCCACAGAGAUCUUCUCUCUCCUAAACAGCAUAAUCUACUUCCACAAAGCGAUCCAGGAGUUAGAGAGAGCGCACGCAUCACUCUCCUUUGCGGCUUUUCUGUAUGCUGUCAUCGGUGCCGUCGGCACCAUGUUGCUAGCCAUCUUUCUCUCAACAGCCGAGAGCUGGAAACCCUUGUUCCAUCGAUACAUCCGCAUGGGUUUGACCGAAUACGCGGCUGCCAUAUCCAUCAUCGUGUUUAUCGGUCUGCCGCACGUCGGCGAACUGGCAAAUCUGGACAAAAUGACCCUUCCCGUCAGCGAAACAUUCAGACCGACGUCGCCGGACCGCGAUCGGUUCUUCGUCGAGUUCUGGAAGCUGCCAGUCGGCUGGAUCUUUGCAGCCAUCAUCCCCGGUAUCAUCAUCACCAUCCUGUUCUUCUUCGACCACGAAGUGAGCUCCAUCAUCUGCACGAUCGACCGAUACGGAACGAGGAAACCCGGCGGCUUCGCGUGGGAUAUCGUCCUCCUGGGCACGACAACGGCCCUCUGCGGCAUCCUCGGGAUCCCGCCGGCCAACGGACUCCUGCCCCAAGCCCCGCUGCACUCGGAGUCCCUGAUGCAUUUGGAAAUGGAACAGCGCACGGUCAUCGUUGACGGGGAGGAAAAGGUCGAGACGCACGAGGUGAAGCGGGUCUACGAGCAGCGAUGGUCGUCGUUUCUGCACGCUGGUGCCAUCCUCGCUUUCGUCAGCCCACCGCUCAUGAAGGUCCUCGGACUCACGCCAACUAGCGUCCUCGCCGGACUGUUCAUGUUCAUGGGAGAACAGAGUUUAUCCGUUAACCCAAUUCUCUACCGAACUUUCUAUCUCCUUACACCACCGUCAGAGCUGCCGCCUUUACCGAUGUCUCUCGCGGACCCGCGGCAUCGUGACUGCACUAUCCCUGCUACGGACGAGACCAGCACACCCCCGCCCCGUCCGUCCUACAUCCCCGUGCACCUUUACACCAUCCUCCAGAUCGUUACCACAGUAAUUAUUUUCAUCGUGACGUUGACAAGAGGCGCCCCCGCUUUCCCCGUAAUCAUUGUUGCGCUGGUCCCGUUCCGACUUCUCGUGAUGAAGCGAUGGUGGCCGCGGGAGUAUCUCCGAUUUGUGGAUGCAUGGGCCUGUAGAGAAGGGACCCCCGAGGACGACGAAGAUGCCGCUGCCAAGCAAGAUGAGAUGAGUGGUAGUAAUGAUGGCCACGGCAACAAUCAGGAGGAUGGCCUAUCAGGUGGGGUUUUCGCGCCCCAUGGAGAGGAGCACCAGCCGAAGACCUCGCCAGAAAGUGGAAACAAUGGAGCGGAUCAUGACUGGAUCGAGUUGGAUUUUCGCACGCGUGCCGAUGAGGAGUUGGCGCCUGACCCGUGCCCUGCACUUCGGAGGGCACCCAAAGCCAAAAGGAAAGCUCCUUCAGGCUCUCCAGCCCUGUACGAAAUCAUGCAGACGAUCAAUGACCACGCCGAAUACGGCGCUAGCACUGUCGCCAAUUAG